CAACGGUGCGCGCGGACAGGGGCGGCGCGGCGCCGAGCGAGCAGAGGCGAGGUCCCGGGCGGGUGCGGCGGCGCGGGGCGCAGGGGCGGCGCGGCGGGGCCGCGGGCCGGGCGGGUGGGAGGACAGCGCAAAGGGGCGAGGCCCGGCUGCAGGGGCCGCUCGGCCCGGGGGAGCCCGCGCCCCGCUCAGCCUUGCAGCCCCGCGCCCGGAGCAUCUCCCUGGAGGAACCGAGACAAAGGAGGAUUCAUGUCCAAAGGGCUCCCAGAGACCAGGACGGACGCAGCCAUGUCAGAGCUGGUGCCUGAGCCCAGGCCUAAGCCAGCGGUGCCCAUGAAGCCCGUGAGCAUCAACUCCAACCUGCUGGGCUACAUCGGCAUUGACACCAUCAUCGAGCAGAUGCGCAAGAAGACCAUGAAGACCGGUUUCGACUUCAACAUCAUGGUCGUCGGCCAGAGUGGACUGGGCAAAUCAACGCUGGUCAACACGCUCUUCAAAUCCCAAGUGAGCCGCAAAGCCUCCAGCUGGAACCGGGAGGAGAAGAUCCCCAAGACAGUGGAGAUCAAAGCUAUCGGGCAUGUGAUAGAGGAAGGUGGUGUUAAAAUGAAGCUGACCGUCAUCGACACCCCAGGCUUUGGAGACCAAAUCAACAAUGAAAACUGCUGGGAGCCCAUUGAGAAGUACAUCAAUGAGCAGUACGAGAAAUUCCUGAAGGAGGAGGUGAACAUCGCCAGGAAGAAACGCAUCCCUGACACUCGUGUCCACUGCUGCCUUUACUUCAUCUCCCCCACAGGACACUCCUUGCGACCUCUGGAUCUCGAGUUCAUGAAACACCUCAGCAAGGUUGUGAACAUCAUCCCUGUCAUCGCUAAGGCUGACACCAUGACCCUGGAGGAGAAGUCUGAAUUCAAGCAGAGGGUUCGCAAGGAGCUUGAAGUAAAUGGCAUUGAAUUCUACCCCCAGAAGGAAUUUGAUGAGGAUUUGGAGGAUAAGACGGAGAAUGACAAAAUCAGGCAGGAGAGCAUGCCUUUUGCUGUGGUGGGAAGUGACAAGGAGUACCAAGUGAAUGGCAAAAGGGUCCUCGGCCGAAAAACUCCAUGGGGGAUCAUCGAAGUGGAAAACCUCAAUCACUGUGAGUUUGCCCUGCUUCGAGACUUUGUCAUCAGGACCCACCUCCAGGACCUCAAGGAAGUGACACACAACAUCCACUAUGAGACUUACAGGGCCAAGCGGCUCAAUGACAAUGGAGGCCUCCCUCCGGUGAGCGUGGACACAGAGGAAAGCCACGACAGUAACCCAUGACGACCACUUCUCUGUGUCAUCACACAUACCCACUUCACACACACACAUCCCAGAUACCACCACCAACCACCUUCUUCCUCUCAACUCUGUCCCGCAGGCAGGCCUGUCUGGUAUUUGUGGAGCAUCUUGUCUACAUUGUGUGUGUGUGUGUGUGUAUGUGUAUGUGUGUGUGUGUGUGUGAAAGAGAGAGCGAGAGAGCCUGUGUGUGUGCAUGCAGGGGUGAGGUAUUUUCACUGCCCUCCCUGGAGAGUACCUUGUAAGUUUGGCUCCUCCAUGCCUGUCCAUUAUCUGUCUCCUUUCCUUGUGUCCCAAAACAAAGCUGUUUUGCCUCACUCAGGAGAUCUCGGGGAGGUUUCAUUUAAAAGUGUUGGGAGCAGGUGAGCCACAGGCAACUCUUCUCUCAGAACCUGCACACAAUCUGGGGCUAUAGAGAUUCUCCAAGGACAGAUGGCAGCGGAACUAGACCUGAGUAGGGGGCAGGGAGUUCAGGACAACCCUCCCUGUAAGUGGGGGGUGGUCUGGAGGUAAGGCAGGGGCUUCCUGGGACAAGAAAGGCCAUGAGAAGGCAGAGAAGUAGGCCAGAGCUGGGUUCUUGCAGAAAGCAUCAGUGCCUACAAGUGGAGCUCCACCCUUCAGUCUGUGUCAUGUUCACUGUCCCAAAGCUACCACCUGUCACCAGAGCCUACUGCUGCUCUCCACUCACCUGGCCUCUGCUGCCGGGUCAGUGCCUGUCUCUGCUUCCCACUCUGUUUUCUUUCUCCCUUUCGCUCCUUCCCUCAUACACUGCUUUCUCUCCCUCUCUCCUGCCUGUCUCUGACAUCUCUCACUUCCUUUUAGAUGAAUCUACUUUAGGUUCAUUCCUAUAUUUAGCAUUUAUGCCCAGUCUGCUUCCAGAAAUGACUUUAGGCUGCCUUCACAUAAAAUCACAAAAGUACAGGACAGUAUAAACUGAGAUUGCCAGAGAAAUCUGGGGCAAAGAAAGGAAUAGGAAAGAAAGUUUCUGUAGUCAAGCACUGGAACAGGCCCUGAGCUCAUAGGCAGCCAGUGCAAAGAGGGAAACACAGUGAGUUAUGCAGUUCCCAGUGUCUAGUUAAAGGAAGUGCACAUGCUAGUCACGUGAGACAACCUUUUAUGGGGACAUCAGAUACUAGAACUAAUUCUAAAGAAGUAUCAGAAACAAUAUACAUUAUUUGUCUUUCUUAGUGAUUUGGCUUCAAAGACAGAAUUUUGACCACACCUCCCUUUUCUCUGUCAGACUUCUCUCCCCUCUAAGCAGGCUUCUCUGUUGCUCCAUUUGCCUCAUACAUACUUGACCUCUCUUUUCAAUUCCCCAUCACUUUUGUGCUGAAGCUAAUUACAUUUAUGUCUGUCUUUCUCUGCUUUUCCCUAAUUCCCUCUCCUUCCGACUCCUACAGACAUUCCCAAUGAUGCCCACCCUCAUACAUUUAGGUUUUUCUUGCCUUUCCCUGAAGCCCUAUAUUUAUUAAUGCAUAUAUUUUCCCCGUUUGUUUUACAAGUAAGUUACUCUUUUCCUUUAAUCUGUAAGAUUCAUGAAAUUUGGGGCCGGGGAAACAAUUUAGCCUUAGGAACGGGAAAACACCAAGUGAAACUGUUUACAAUAACCUCAUACAACCUCCUGUCCCAUUUCCUGGUUCAGCCUAGGUGUUUCACUGGUCCUCUACGAAUCCCAGCACUUAUAAUCCCAGUCUUUUAUCACUCAGGUGCUAGGAAAAAACAUAGACUCAAGACUCAAGAUUCAGUGGACCAGGAGAAAGGUGGGGGGUGGUCAGGUCACUGGUGACCCCAAACCUAUGGUCUCGAUCUUUCCUGGAGGCUGCCAACCCAGCCCUCAUCCUCCCUUGCUCACAAAGUUACAGGGUAGGCACCUGUCAGGAUAGAACAGCAGCAGUGCUACAGCCCAGAGGUUACUACACUUCAACAGAACAGGGAUCCUUGGCUGCUAUAGAAGCAGUCCUGUUUGGAGACCUUGGACCAGCAGGGGAAGAUCUAUGGGCAUGGGAGGUGGGCGUUGGAGAGGCUGAGUAGGAAUGGUGCCUGGCACCCCUGAACCAUAAUCUCAGCCUCCCUGGAGAAGCUAUUUUAUAUGUCUUCUGCCAGCUGCUGGUCUCCACACCCUCAACCGUUCUCAACCCCCCUGCAGGGAGAAGGCCUCCUGGGCACUGUCCUUCCACCUGUGCCAGCCACCCCCUGCCCCACUGCUGAAUGAAGUCCAUUUCAAGCGCUGCUUCUCCCUCCAUUCCUCUCAGCUGUUAUUGCUUCAGGGCCAGGCCCUUUUUAGUGCUGUGCUCGUCCAGCUCACCACCACAGCCCCUCUCAGCCCUCAGUAGGUGGGAGGGGCCAGCUGCCUCCUUAGGACAGUUGCAUCUUCCAUUUAUCCAAACCACUCCUCUCCUCCCAGUGGAGUGGGGUUCUGCCAGCACUGCCCUACCACAUCAUCUGUGUCAGCCGGUCCCAGCCCAUCUGCAAGGCGAAAGAACUCAUUAAGAGUUUCUUCUGCCCUUGUAAGCCCAUCCCAGCUACUUGUAACCAUCUCUAAGGGCAAUGGCAUUGCUCCCUACCCAUUCAUCUGCAUGAGCUACUCUCGGCUUCCUUAAAAAGUCAAGAAAGCAAUUUUUCUGCUUACUAGAUUCAUUGAGAUCAAUUGUGUGAGCCCCAACGUGGGACAAGGGUGUCUCCUUCAUCACUUAAAAGUAUUCAUGAGGGUGGGUCACUACAGAUGUUGGGGAGCAAGGGCUAGGAUCACUUUUUAAAAAAUCACCACUUGUGGCUGGCCCAGAGUGCGGUUGUACAUCCUCCUCACCUUAUAACGCAGCUACUAAGGAAGAGUGGUUUUCCUAAGAAGACAUUGCUGGAGUUGACGUUCUUCUGCCCAAACAAACAAACAAAAACUAAAUACACAAACCCCCAGAAACCCACAAUACGUACAUGCUAAGGAAAAACUAACACCCUUCUGUCCACUCAGCAAUAAGAAGGAUCUCUUCCCACCUACCCUACCUACUUCUACCCCCAACCCCCUUCCCCAUUAAUGUGAGUAAUGAAUUAGCCUGGCCACAGGUGGUCACUGUAGGCUAAUGGAAAAUACCCAAGGGAGGGCAAAGCCCCCCAUCAGAUGCAUGAAUGUUUGCGAAUGUUGACUGCCACUGCCCCACACACUGUGUCUUUAUAGAAUUCCCCUUUGCCCACCCACUCCCUGUCUCCACCUGGACACAACUUGCUCAAAGGCUGGUGACUUGUGGGCCAUUCAUCUACAACCAAGUCCUGAUGGAGCAAGAGGCCCAUACCUAGGGGAUGCAAGAACGACCCAUUUCUAAAAUGUUACCAGUCCCAGCCAAUCUUAUGGUGACAUUACAGUUAAAUUUCCCAAUUGAAAACAAGCAAACAGACACUCAAACUGGUCCUGUAAUUGUUGCUAGACUUUAUGUGUUGUACAACUAAACAUUGCUGUUUGAACAGUAA